GAGUUGAAUCACGUAGAAGAAGAAGAAGAAGAGGAAGAAAAAGAAACCAAUGGGAUUGACCGUCAUUCCAUUAGUCUGUACUGGUUGACAGGUAACUAAAAACGCAUUUAACCACGAAUAUUUAAGUAUAUGUGUCCCGUGAGCAGUGGACAAUGUCUACACGGGCUCUGCGAAGGCUCAGAGGGAAGCAGCGGGGUCAGGAGGCCUUGGACCUCGGGGAUCUAACUCUGGGUGACAGCCUAGAAGAGCAGGCUGAGGGUGAGGCGGAGCAGCUGGACGUGGCUAAUGUUUCUCACCCUUCUGACAAGAAAGACAGCAGCCGAAAGGCAAAGAAAAACAAGGCUCAGAAAAACUUCAGCAACAUUUAUGAACUGAUAUGUGAUGUGGACAACGAGGGAGAGAAAAUCUCCCCUGAUGAAGAGGCAGAGAAACCAAGUGGAAAUAAAACAAGUGGCAAGGAAAAGAAUGAUAACAGAGACACUGACAAACCUGAUCAAAAGGAAACGUCUACAAAGUCUUUGUCGGGGGACAGAGUUAAAAAGAAGAAGAAAAAGAAGAAGACAAAAGUGACAUCAGAAGAUGGACAGAAGGCUGUACCAGAUGAUAACAUUGAUUUAUUGCUGGAGAACUUGGAGCAGCCCAAUGGACUGAGUUUGCAAAAUGAAGACUGCGGAGGCUCUGACAGGCGAUCUGUGCUACAUGUGGAGCACAGGAAUCUCAACCCUGAGACGGAGCUGAAAAGGUAUUUUGGGGCUCGCGCUGUUCUUGGGGAUCAAAGACCGAGACAGAGAAACAGGCAGUUUCACCGUAGCACAUGGAUGACCAGUCCCAAGGACAGCUGGCCUCGCUUCAGCCGCCCAGGAAUCUCAAUGACUCUACUGCAGUCAAAGGAUGGUGUUCAGUACUUUACCUUUGAGCACAGUCGGGACUACCAACAAGUACAGUUCAAGUUCCUGGAUGCAGUCGAGUCCAUGGAUCCCAACAACAUUCUGGCCCUGCUACAGCUUAACCCUUACCACAUCGACUCCUUACUGCAGCUUUCUGAUGUUUGCCGCAUACAGGAGGAUCAGGAGAUGGCCAGGGACCUUAUUGAAAGGGCCUUGUACAGCUUUGAGUGCGCUUUUCACCCUUUAUUCAGCCUGACUGCAGGUACCAGCAGACUUGAUUAUCUGAGACCAGAAAACAGGGCAUUUUAUCUUGCUCUUUAUAAGCACAUGAUGUUCCUGGAGAAGAGAGGAUGCCCACGGACCGCUUUGGAGUACUGCAAACUGAUCCUGAGUUUGGACCCAGACUCUGACCCACUCUGCAUGCUCCUGCUCAUUGAUUUCCUGAUGCUGCGUUCCAGAGAGUACCAGUCUCUCCUCCAGUUAUAUCAGGACUGGGAGGAGCACAGAAAUCUGUCCCAGCUGCCAAACUUUGCAUUCUCCACUGCACUUUGCUAUUUCCAUCUCAGUCAGCAGGAAGAUAUGGAUCCUGAAGAAAGUGACAAACAAAGACGCAAAGCUAACCAGAUGCUGCAGAAUGCUCUCAUCAUGUUCCCUGGAGUCUUGAUGCCUCUGCUGGAUCUGUGUACUGUUCAGCCAGAUGUCACAGUCACCUCACAUGCCUUCUUUGGCCCAAAAAGUCAGAUAGGGCAGCCCCCAGCCUUAGCUGAACUGACAGCUCUAUAUGUGGGGAGAGCCUACAACGUGUGGAGGGAGGCAGCAGUAAUGCUUUGGCUUGAAGAGUCUGUGAAGGAAGUGCUGCUUCGAGUUGAUGCCAAAGAUCCUCAAGUGGAGGAUAGCCAAAACAAGAGAAAGCAAAGGUACCAGAGUGCACCGAGGAACAUCCAUCGCCAUGUUCUACUGUCUGAGAUCAAGGAAGCCACCUCAAGUCUGCCUCUGGAGGUGACCACUCAACCUCUGAUGGGCUUUGACCCUCUGCCUCCACUGGACUCAGUGAUUUCGUACACCCGACCAGAGAGGCAGCAUGUUGGUGCAUCCAAUGAGAGUACACUGUCCCUGUUUUUCCGAUCUUUGCUGCCAAACUUCAACCUUCAGGGUGGACUGAGGCAGGAGGAUGAAAUGGAAGUGGCGCGAGCUGGUCAGGAGCUGAACCAGGAAGUGAACCGUCUCAUGGUGGCAAUGAGGGACAUGCUGGCAAACAUCAGGUUUCAGGAGCCACCGAGAGAGGACAACCCCUACAGAGAUGAGGAUGAAUGGGACUGAGGGGGGGGGGGGGGGGGUAAUAAGUGUUGAGGAGGUUGGAGAGGAAUCAGAAAGACAAACUUUCAAAAAUGAAUAACAUUAAGAAUAAUGAAAAUAUUUAAUGGUGUUAAUGUUUAUAAUAAUUCAGAAGAAAUGGAGAAGGACAACUGAAUUUUGGUCACGAUUUCAGAAUACUUAAGUAAAAGGAACAAAUGA